AUCCGUUCCCUGAUUUUUGUUGCACCUUCCUCUGCCGCCUCUCUCUCCGCAUCCCAAACUCUUUGUUUCGAAAGUUGAAAACGUUGUCAACGAGAGAAGACACAAGUUGAACCCUUCAACACAUGCUUGCCACCUCAAAAUAGACCAAACAAGCCUUGUUCUUUUCUGCACACACCACCACCACCACCACCCACCAACUUCUUUCAGCUAUUACUAUAAGCCUAAGAGUUUUAUAAUGUGGGAUCAGAGGGAUAUGAGUAAAAGUCAAGUCUCGAUAAUUCUUUUCAUACAUGUUUGGGAUCAGAAAGAUUUUAGCCGCAAGCUUUCUUUUUGUUGAUGAACUGGUUGGAUUCUGGCAAGGAUUUCUCCAUGGGAGAAGCACCUGUUUUCAUUGUUCAAGACCUGCAGAAAGGAAGUAGCAAUGGCCUUGAAUCAAAAAGUGGGGCUUUGGAAACUGCUACUAUCGUUGGUGAUAAAAAGUUUGUCAUUGGUGGAACCGAGGGUGAAACAUUUUCUGUUAAAGUUCAAAUUCUUGGAGAAUGGGUUAAUGUCGUUGAGCUAGGCACCAAACCCAUUUCAUGUAAUGGCCACUCAGCUGUGCUUCUGAAAGACCGAAUACUAAUUCUCAAGAAAAAUUCUAAGCCAGAUGAUUGUAUAUGGUUUUUGGAGGUAGACACUCAAUAUGUAAGGAUGCAGAAGAAGCUUUUGGGGACCGAGGUUGUAGCAUGGAGUAAGGGUGUGAUGGGAAAUGCUGAGAAACCUGUUAUUAUCAGUGGUCCUUCUGGAGUAGGUAAAGGAACAUUGAUAUCAAUGCUCAUGAAGGAAUUUCCCUCUAUGUUUGGUUUCUCUGUGAGCCACACAACCCGUGCACCAAGAAGCAUGGAGAAAGAUGGGGUCCAUUACCAUUUUACUCAGAAAAGUGUUAUGGAGAAAGAAAUUAAAGAUGGAAAGUUUCUGGAGUUUGCUUCUGUCCAUGGUAAUCUUUAUGGGACCAGUGUUGAGGCUGUGGAGCUGGUAUCAGAUGCCGGGAAAAGAUGUAUUCUUGAUAUUGAUGUUCAAGGGGCAAGAUCUGUGAGGGCUAGUUCUCUAGAAGCCAUGUUCAUCUUUGUCUGCCCCCCAUCAAUGGAAGAGCUGGAGAAGCGUCUUCGUGACCGAGGGACAGAGACAGAAGAACAGGUCCUAAAGCGGUUACGAAAUGCUCAGAAUGAGAUUGAGCAAGGGAAGUCAUCAGGCAUAUUUGAUCACAUCUUAUACAAUGACAAACUUGAGGAGUGUUAUGUGUCUCUGAAGAAAUUAUUGGGACUUCAUGGUUGUGUCACUCCUCCUCCCAAGUCAGCACCAAAAGAGAUCAUCAAAAUCCCAAAAGAUCAUUCAGUCUCAAAAAUUGAUGACAAAAUCAUCAUAAACUGCAUCUCUUCAGAACUACAAAAGGAAUCAAAGAACUUGAUCAUGUUAGAUGUCUUCUCACUUAAAGGGGGUGCACCUGGACGAACAAGAGGACUUGAUUUUAAAGUCAUUGACUCGUUUUCAAAUGGCAAUAGGAAUGGACCAAUGUGACAUUCAAUGAUCAAUGAACUUGGUUAAAACUAACAUGGUUUUUCUCCAUUCAUUUACAAUUAUUUGAGAAAAUAGGCCAGGGAUGAGAAUUUAGGUUCAUUUCUUGAGUUUUUUUUUUUUUUCUCUUUCUGGUUGGUCGUUAUGACAGUUCAAUUUGACAUGACUUAUUUGAAACAAUUAUUUUUCCAUACAGUCAAUGAGAAAUUAUUGGUGAUUUUUGCGGCUAAAA